AUGUUGCAUUCAUCUGAGGCAGAUGUCGAUGUCCCCAAGCUGGAUCCGCCAUUAGCCAACGAAGAAAACGUUUCGAGAUAUAGCAUUCGCACAUCUCUAGAAUCAGACCGGCAGGAAGCUGACGAGCACACUGCCCUCCUAAGCGACAGGAAACAAUCUGGCGCUUAUGGCGAUCUCUCUGAGCUCGAGCGCCAACACCACGAGAGGCUGCAGACACGAUCUCGUCUGGCCGGCCCCAUCAGAAAGAUUCGCGCUUGUGGCUAUACCGUCGUGCACCCAAAGACGUGGAGUGCGAGAACGAUUUUCCAGCAAGCCGUCGUCCGGCCUACGAAGCUGCUUCCUGCCGUCAUACUGGGACUACUUCUGAACAUACUGGAUGCCUUGUCCUACGGCAUGAUUCUUUUCCCUCUGGGUCAUGCUAUGUUUGACGAUCUAGGAUCGGACGGCAUCGCCAUGUUCUAUGUUUCGACCAUUGUUGCACAGGUGACAUACUCUGCUGGUGGCUCAAUCUUCAAAGGGGGCAUUGGUUCGGAAAUGAUCGAGGUUGUGCCUUUAUGCACAAGAUGGCCUUUACCAUACUGGCAAAGGUGUAUUGGAGGCGUCGGCUUCUUUCUCUUCGUUACUGGUCUGGAGGUCUCAGCAAGACUUCCAGGCAACCUGGAAUACAACCUGGCGACGCUGCAGCAAUUGUUCCGAGCAGACACAGUUGGAUUGUGGUUGCUGCCACUGGGUCUCGCAAUCGUCCUCAAGGUCCUGCAAAAGUUUGUCAAGUCUAACAUGCUGGUGGGUGGCUACUUCAUUUCUGUGGCUAUAUUGUUCUACAUUUUCAAGUUCGCUCUUCGUAUCCCGAUGGCUACGCUGCAUUCGCAAGGCUGGAUCUUCGACUCGCCCCCUGCUGGAAAUCCUUGGUAUCAUUUUUGGACACUUUACGACUUCAAAGAAGUAGACUGGGCUGCGCUCGGCGAGACCAUCCCAGCUAUGUUCGCUCUUACGUUUUUCGGUUUACUACACGUGCCGAUCAACGUGCCGGCGCUUGGUAUCGCAACAAGUGAAGACAACCUAAACGUUGAUCGCGAGCUUGUCGCGCAUGGCAUUUCCAACUCCUUGUCUGGUCUGUUCGGGAGUGUACAGAACUACCUUGUGUACACCAACAGCCUUUUGUUCAUGGACAGUGGCGGGUCUGAUCGUCUGGCAGGACUGAUGCUCGCUGCGGCAACUUUCGGUGUGCUCAUCGCCGGUCCGGCAAUCAUUGGAUUCAUUCCCAUAUGCGUGGUCGGAGCGCUCAUCUUCCUCCUUGGCAUUGAGCUCCUGGAAGAGGCUUUGUGGGCGACAUGGGGCAAAUUGCACAAACUGGAGUACGCGACCAUUGUCGUUAUCGUCGUCACAAUGGGAGUCUGGGAUUUCGUUAUCGGUAUCUUCAUAGGUAUCAUCCUAGCCGCUCUCAGCUUCGUUGUUCAGACAUCACGUCGAACCGCCAUCCGGGCCACUUACUCUGGAGAGAUUGCCAACUCAACCGUGAGGCGAGCGCCACUGCAGCAUCUAUUCCUCAAAGAAGCUGGUCAACAGGUCUUCGUGAUCAAGCUUUCCGGGUUCCUGUUCUUCGGAACCAUUGUCGGUGUUGAAACAAGGAUUCGAGCACUGCUCGAAGAUGAAGCAUUCGAUCAGCGUCCUUUGCGUUUUCUGAUUCUGGACAUGAGCAGUAUCAAUGGGAUCGACUACAGUGCAGCGGAAGCGUUCACGAGAAUGAACCGCUUACUACAAAAGCGAGGCGUUGUCUUAUUCAUUAGCGGCUUAGAUCUGAAGGGCGAGAUCGGACACGCACUGGAAGGCGUUGGUCUUUUCGAAGAAGAGCUGGAUGUCAGACGUUUCCCGGACCUCAACCAAGCCUUAGAGAGCGCAGAGAACGAGCUGCUCAAGAGCCUUGUCCGACAUCAGAACAGAGCUACGCAGCGAACGAGCUCUAUGCAUCUCGACGUGCCGCGGUCUCGAAGUGCCGAUAUAUCGUCAUCUCUGCAAACGGAUAUGAUAAUCAGCUCGCCCCGUCGGAAUGAACUACAACGAGUUGCGGAGACAGCCGUAGAGGAUGUCCCGCCGGCUUCUUCUAAGUGGCAGGAGUUUGAGCAGCCUCUGCCUCUGAUGCUCGAAAUCUUCGACGGGUUGACUAGCCAGUCAGAGAGCUUCUGGUUCAAAGCGAGGCCUUAUUUCGUCCGGAAGACAACAGCAAAAGACUCGAUCUUAUUCAAGCCAGGAGAUCGAUCGAAUGGAUUCUAUCUGCUCGAAGAUGGGUUGAUGCGCGCUGAUUACGAUCUGCCACAAGGCAGGUUUUCGGAACUGAUUGCGCGUGGCCGUCCGUUUGGUGAGCUUCCUUUCUUCUCUCAGACGGCGCGGACAGCGACAAUGGUUGCGGAGAAGGACUCGGUUGUUUGGCAGCUGGAUGGUGAUCGUUGGAAGGAUCUGCAGUCCGAAGAGCCAGAGCUGGCCCAGGAAUUGCUCAAAAUCAGCUUGAAGCUGACAAAGGAGAGGAUGGACGUGACGAUGGCGUAUGUCCUUACGACUGCUGCAUGA